AUGACGACGCCAACCGCCCCGGCCGGCCCAGCGCCUGCUGCCCUUCUGGCCAAGCUGCUCGAGGUCAACGAGAAACAGAUCGUGCCUCUCACGGCCACCGGCGUCGCCUCUGGCAGCAAAGUCUUUGGCGCCGCCAUUUUUACGCGUGACGGCCUCGAGGCGCACACCGUCGCCACCAACAACGAGCGCAAUUCGCCCCUGCUGCACGGCGAGAUCAACUGCAUCCAGACGUUCUUUGCGACCCCUGCGGAGGGCCGCCCGGCCACGGCCGACUGCAUCUUCUUUGCGACGCACGAGCCCUGCUCGCUCUGUCUGAGUGGCAUUACCUGGUCCGGCUUCCGCGAGUUUUACUAUCUUUUCACGUACGAAGACAGCCGCGACCUGUUUGCCAUCCCCUACGACAUUGACAUUCUCGAGUCCGUGUUCCGUGUGCCGGCCCCCGCCGACACGUCCGCGACCUUGGCGGAGCGUCCGCUGUACAACAAGACCAACAAGUUCUUUACGUCGGCGAGCCUGGCGGACCUGGUCGCGCGCAUCGAGGACCCGGCAGAGCGGGCGCACUGGGCAGCCGAGGUCGCCCGGGUCAAGGCGCUGUACGGACAGCUGAGCGAGACGUACCAAGAGGGCAAGAAGGGAGGUGCCGCGACGUCGAGCGUGUGGAAAUAG